AUGACACGAAAUUAUCAGAAAUUCUUUCCUCCCGGCACGCAACGUGGAGGAACAGACCGGCAACUCUCCCCUUUGGAGGAACUCGGCUGGCAACCUCACUUUGCGCAACAGAUCAGUUCGGACGAACUUGUCGGAACACCUCCCGUCCGUGUAGUUGAAGUGCAUCGCAACGGGCUUCACGUUAUUGGCUCGGCGGUCGACGAAGUCAUUCCACCGCGUGCGGAUGCGACGGUUGGGGACUGGAUCUUGCUGGAUCCCGGGCAUGUGCCUUCAAGCCGAGUGCUGGAACGCAAGAGCCUGCUGAAGCGCCGCGCACCGGGAACGGAUCGGCAGGUCCAGUUGAUCGCCGCGAAUAUCGAAACGGCAUUCAUCGUUUCAUCCUGCAAUCAGGAUUUCAAUAUCGCGAGGCUGGAACGCUAUGUAGCAGUCUGCUUCGAGGCAGAGAUUGACCCGGUUAUCCUCCUGACGAAGUCCGACCUUGUUUCAGACCCGCAGGCAUUUGCCGACGAAGCUGCUGCCAUUUCAAAGCUGGCGCCCGUCAUCACUCUCGAUGCGCGUGGCGAUCAACCGAAAUCCAAACUGGCUGAUUGGUGCAAGCCUGGUAAAACGGUCGCGUUUCUCGGCUCGUCGGGUGUUGGCAAAUCGACUUUGGCAAAUGCCCUUUCCGGAACACGGUCCAUCGCGACGCAGGCGAUCCGGGAAGACGAUGCCAAGGGCCGUCAUACGACGACGCGUCGGCAACUGCACCUGGUGUCAGGAGGCUGCCUCGUUCUGGAUACGCCCGGCAUGCGCGAGCUGCAGCUCAUGGAUGCCGCCUCCGGCAUCGAGGAUCUGUUUGCGGAUCUCAACGAGUUGUCGGCAAAUUGCAAGUUCAAGGACUGCAGGCACGAGACUGAACCGGGGUGUGCGGUCCAAAAUGCAAUCCAGUCCGGUGAUCUGGAUGGUGCCAGAUUGCAAAGAUGGCGGAAGCUGAAGGCUGAAGAGGCUUUCAAUUCUGCGAGCCUUGCUGAGCGGCGAUCCAAAGACAAGGCGUUCGGCAAGAUGGUUCGCCGGGUCGUGAAAGCCAAGGAAAACCGGAACAGACGAACCGAGUAA